AUGAGCGAAAUUGAAGAAUUGGCUAGUUAUCGGCUGCAGUUGGAACAUGUUGAAGCAGCGCUUAUCGGUGAUCCAAAUAAUGAAGAAUUGCUGAAGCUUAAAGAAGAUUUAAUUGAAAUCAUCACUUUACAAGAAGAACUCAGCAAAUCGGCUGAUCAGUCAAGCAGCAAGAAUACUGAAUCGAAUUCAGAACCGAUAGCCGAAAUUUCAUGGAAGGUUGGUGACCGAUGUAUGGCUCCAUCUUCGAACGGUCAAAAGUACGCAGCUGUGAUUGACGGCUUCGCUAAAGGCAGUGUUGCUGUCACAUUUGUCGGUCGUGGAACGAAAGUAAUGGUGAAAUUGAGUGAUUUAUUGCCAGCAAAGGAUGAUAAUAAACCAUUCAUUUGGGAGAAAUCCAAGAGCAUACAUCAUCGCAAAAGCGAGUGGCAGAUGGAACGAGAACGCAGAAAAAUGCGAGCUCUGAAGAAAGAAAAUCGUAAAAAAGAAUUAGAAGAAGCAAAAGAAGAAGAAAAGAAAAAGUGGUUAUCAUUCAAUGCGAAAGCAACAAGUCGCAGCAUGAAAGGUUUCAAGCGGCCAACAGCAUCUGGAUCUGCGCCCGAUGGACCAGCUUGGGGAAUAACAUCCCAGACAAGCAUUUCAUCAAGACGGGAUAUCGGAGCCUUCAAAUCAACGCAGAGGGGGAAUAUGGAUUCUUUAUUUUAA